AAGAAAAAGUUUUUUUUAGUCGGGUUUUACCUGGUGUUUCAAGCAAACGCAAGACCCAUUGCCGAAUGAUUAUAACCGACAACACGCUAGCUUGGAAAGCAAUUUCUUGGAGAGGAGUGGAAUCAAACUACAAGCAGAAGAUGAGUUCGGAGGAUGGAGAUCGUUACCAUCAUCAGCAUUAUCAUUCUGAUACCGAGGUUUUAGGAACCGACAGAGUGCCUCAUAGUGGUCCAUUGAGUGGGCCUUUAAACAAAAGAGUAGGAAGGAAGAGUGCCCGGUUUAACGUUCCGGACUCGAGCUCUUCAAAAGAUGAUGGUUAUGUUGAGAUUACCCUGGAUGUUCGUGAUGACUCCGUUGCGGUUCACAGUGUAAAGGCUGCAAAUGGAGGUGGUUUGCAAGAAGAUCAAGAGCUAACUUUGUUGGCCAAAGGUCUUGAGAAGAGAUCUACGGUGGGAUCAUCUAUGGUGAGGAAUGCUUCUGCAAGAAUUAGGCAGGUGGGGCAUGAACUUAAGCGCUUAACAUCGUUCUCCAAGAAACCUGCUCGCUUUGAUAGGACUAAGUCUGCAGCAGCUCAUGCUCUGAAGGGACUCAAGUUUAUUAGCAAGACUGAUGGUGUACAUGGAUGGCCUGCUGUGGAGAAGCAGUUUGAUGAAAUUACUGCUUCAAACAAUGGAGUUUUGCCUCGUUCAAAGUUUGGCGAAUGCAUAGGAAUGGAGUCAAAGGAGUUUGCAGGGCAGUUGUUUGAUGCACUUGCUCGAAGACGAAACAUUCAAGGUGAUUCAAUUGAUAAGAAUUACCUGAAAGAGUUUUGGGAUCAAAUCUCGAAUCAAAGCUUCGAUGCCAGGCUUCGAACUUUCUUUGACAUGGUGGAUAAAGAUGCAGAUGGAAGAAUAACUGAAGAGGAAGUCAAAGAGAUUAUCAGCCUCAGUGCCGCCGCAAACAAACUCUCCAAUAUCCAGAAACAAGCUGAGGAAUAUGCAGCCUUUAUUAUGGAAGAAUUAGACCCAGACCAUCUAGGAUACAUCAUGAUAAACUAUCUGGAAAUGCUUCUGCUACAAGCACCAAGCCAAUCUGUAAGAGAAGAAAGCCGGAACCUGAGUCGAAUGCUAAGCCAGAAGCUUAAGCCUACAUAUGACAACAACCCAGCGGGGAGAUUCUACCGGAACACCAUAUAUUUCUUGCAAGAUAACUGGCAGAGAGCGUGGGUGAUGGCUCUGUGGAUUGGGGUUAUGGGUGGCCUAUUUACAUAUAAAUUUGUGGAAUAUCAACGAAGGGAAGACGUAUUUGAAGUGAUGGGGCAUUGUGUUUGCUUUGCCAAAGGUGCAGCUGAGACACUUAAAUUGAAUAUGGCUCUGAUUUUGCUAACAAUGUGCCGUAACACCAUCACCUGGUUAAGGAACAAGACAAAAUUAGGUGUUGUCGUUCCCUUUGAUGACAACGUCAACUUCCACAAGGUGAUUGCAAUUGGAAUUUCAAUUGGGGUUGGCAUACACGCAAUUUCCCAUUUGGCAUGUGAUUUUCCCCGCCUGCUUCAUGCCACUCCUGAUAAGUAUGAACCAAUGAUAAAAUAUUUUGGAGAACAACCCAAGAGCUACUGGCAUUUUGUGAAGCAUACGGAAGGAGUAACUGGGAUUGUAAUGAUGGUGUUAAUGGCCAUAGCUUUCACGUUAGCUGCGCCUUGCUUCAGGCGGGGUAGGAUGAACCUCCCCAAGCCUCUCAAGAAGCUAACUGGCUUCAACGCCUUUUGGUACUCUCACCAUCUAUUUGUCAUUGUUUACACUCUCCUCAUUGUGCAUGGAAUUAAGCUCUUCCUGACCCACAAAUGGUACAAGAAAACGACAUGGAUGUACUUGGCAGUUCCAGUUAUCCUUUAUUCUUGUGAAAGAUUGACCAGGCUGCUUAGAUCAAGCAUCAAGGCAGUUACGAUGGAGAAGGUUGCUGUUUAUCCCGGAAAUGUACUAUCACUUCACAUGUCAAGGCCCCAUGGAUUCAGAUACAAGAGUGGACAAUACAUGUUUGUCAAUUGCGCUGCAGUGUCUCCAUUCGAAUGGCACCCAUUUUCUAUUACUUCCGCCCCCGGAGAUGACUAUAUCAGUGUUCAUAUUAGGACACUCGGUGACUGGACACGACAACUCAGGACCGUAUUCUCAGAGGUUUGUCAACAACCUACUAAUGGGAAAAGUGGCCUCCUUAGCGCCGAUUGCUUGCAGGGAACUAACAACCCAGAUUUCCCAAGAGUUCUAGUCGAUGGGCCGUAUGGGGCACCAGCACAAGACUACAAGAAAUAUGAAGUGGUUUUGCUAGUGGGGCUGGGGAUUGGAGCAACCCCCAUGAUCAGCAUUGUGAAGGACAUAGUGAACAACAUGAGGGCUAUGGAGGAGGAAGAGAGUGCCAUGGAGAAUGGAAAUAGGGUUGGCAUUAAUAAAAAGAGUCCACCAAAUUCCAAAAGAAAAGAGAAUUUCAAGACAAGAAGGGCAUACUUUUAUUGGGUGACAAGGGAACAAGGCUCCUUUGAUUGGUUCAAAGGUAUAAUGAACGAGGUAGCUGAAAUGGACCAUAACCAUGUAAUCGAGCUCCACAAUUACUGCACAAGUGUAUAUGAAGAAGGUGAUGCUCGCUCUGCUCUCAUUACCAUGCUUCAGUCUCUAAAUCAUGCCAAAAAUGGCGUCGACAUUGUUUCUGGUACUAGAGUAAAAUCGCACUUCGCUAAGCCUAAUUGGCGCAAUGUCUACAAGCAAAUUGCUGUUAACCACAACAACACUCGAGUUGGGGUGUUUUAUUGUGGGGCACAGGCGCUGACGAAGGAGCUACGCCACCUAGCUUCAGAUUUCUCUCACAAGACGUCCACUAAGUUUGAUUUCCAUAAAGAGAAUUUUUAAUCCACGUUCGCAUAAGGAUACGCUAAAGAACAGCCUACAGCUCACUUAGUGCAUGUUCCAUCCACCUUGAUCCAACUCUGUCUCAAUUGUACAAAGACCUUGGCCCCGUUUUCUUCACUUCUUACAACGUGGGUUGUUUUUUUUUUUUUUUUUG